UCCUAUGGCUCUUUUCUAUAAAUAAACUCCUUUUUAUCUCUCCUUCUAUCUCUCUCAGAGAACGGGAGGACAAAGCCAUCUGGUUCUCAUCUUCAUGGUUCGUUAAUGAUUAUAAAGGAUCAUUGGUCUCUGUUGGUUGGAUCUGUUGUGACUAGCUUUUUUAAUUCUUGUAGAUUAUCUGCUUGAUAUUAGUUGUCCCAGCCCGGUAACUUUGGUUCCUAAAGGGAUUAGAGAUGCCGGGAAUAACCGAUAACGGAGUUACUGAUGAGGGGAAGGCAAAUGAAAGGAAUAUGAAUCCUUCCUCCUCUAACUCUAAGGAGGGCUCUACUCCAAUUGAGUCACAACAUCCAGAGAGUACAGGUGGUGAUGGUGCCGUUGAGACCUCUAUCGACCAGCUUUAUGAAAAUGUGUAUGAUAUGCGAAGUUCUGAUCGGUCACCUUCAAGGCAAAGUUUUGGAUCUGAUGUUGAUGAGUCUAGGAUUGAUUCAGAAUUGCAUCAUCUAGUUGGGGGGAAGAUGAGGGAGGUGGAGAUAAUGGAAGAGGAAAUGGAGGAAAAGCAAGGUGGUGAUGGAAUUAGUGAAUCAUCUUCUAGAAAGGGUAGUUCGUCGAAUGAUAGGAAGGUGGACAAUGUGAAUGAGAUUCAACCUGCCAGUACAAGCUCUGGCACUUCUGAGAAACCAACCAAACCAUCCACUUCAAAAUUGCAAUCCAAGACAGCAUUAAAAUCAAAACCCAGAGUCAAAAGUCCUCCUGUGAAGCCUUCUGUUGAGAGAAAGAAUGAUAAGCCUCUGAAAAAACAAAGCCCAGGAGUUGUUGGCUCGAAGAAAUCACAAAAUGCUCCUCCUGCUGGAAGGUCAGUGUCACAGAGUCGUGCCAAGAAUUUAGUUGAACCAGCAUCAGAUAAGCCAGAGAUGGGUCCAGUUUUGCUUAAGCAGGCAGCGGAUCAGAUGUCAUCAGGGGAUAAUCCGCAUAAAGCUCUUGAAUUAGCUCUUCGAGCUACAAAAGUGUUUGAGAAGUACGCUGGUGACAAACCAAGUUUGGACCUUGUUAUGAGCUUACACGUUAUAGCAGCAAUAUACUGUAGCUUGGGUCAAUACAGUGAUGCGAUUCCAGUCCUGGAGCGCUCUGUUGACAUUCCUGUUGUUGAGGAAGGCGAGGAGCAUGCCCUGGCUAAAUUUGCUGGUCUGAUGCAACUGGGUGACACCUAUGCAAUGCUGGGCCAGCUUGAGAAUGCAAUUACGUACUACACCAGAGGUUUGGAAGUCCAGAAACAGAUUUUGGGAGAAACAGAUCAGAGAGUUGGUGAAACUUGUCGGUAUAUGGCUGAAGCUCAUGUUCAAGCGUUGCAAUUUGACGAGGCUGAGAGGCUAUGCCAAAUGGCUUUGGACAUUCAUAAAGCAAGAGAUUCACUUCCUUCUCUUGAAGAAGCAGCUGAUAGGAGGCUCAUGGGCCUUAUAUGCGAAACAAAGGGAAAGCAUGAAGCGGCUCUGGAGCAUCUUGUUUUAGCAAGCAUGGCAAUGGUAGCAAAUGGACAAGAAGCAGAAGUGGCAUCCGUUGAUUGUAGCAUUGGAGACACGUACCUAUCCUUGUGUCGAUACGAUGAAGCUGAUUUUGCUUACCAAAAAGCACUUACAGCCUUCAAGGCCAGCAAAGGAGAGAAUCAUCCAGCUGUGGCUUUGGUUUUUGUACGUUUAGCUGACUUGUGUAAGAGGACAGGGAAGAUAACGGAAUCCAAAUCUUACUGUGAGGAUGCACUUGAAAUCUAUGAAAAGCCUCUUCCUGGAGUCCUUCUAGAGGAUAUUGCAAGUGGUCUUACUGAUGUUGCCGCUAUCUAUGAGUCAAUGAAUGAACAUAAACAGGCCCUCAAUUUGCUGAAGAAGGCAUUGGGUAUAUAUAACGAUGCCCCUGGUCAGCAGAGCACAAUAGCAGGAAUUGAAGCUCAGAUGGGGGUCUUGUGCUACAUUAUAGGGGACUAUGCUGAAUCUUAUAAUGCUUUCAAGAAUGCUAUCUCAAAGCUCCGUGCUAUUGGAGAGAAGAAAUCAGCCUUCUUUGGUAUUGCUCUUAAUCAAAUGGGACUUUCCUGUGUGCAGCGUUAUGCCCUAAGUGAGGCUGCAGAAUUGUUUGAAGAGGCAAAGGAUAUUUUGGAACAAGAGUAUGGGCCAUAUCACCCUGAAACGCUUGGCGUGUAUAGCAAUCUUGCCGGCACAUAUGAUGCACUUGGCAGGCUGGAUGAUGCAAUUGAAAUUCUGGAGUACGUUGUAAGUUUGAGGGAGGAAAAACUUGGGACUGCAAAUCCUGAUGUAUAUGAUGAGAAAAGAAGGUUGAGUGAAUUGUUGAAGGAAGCAGGCAGAGUCCGGAGCAGAAAAUCCAUAUCACUGGAGCGCCUCCUUGAUUCCAAUGUUUAUUCUCUAAACAAUUUUGUCAUGAGGAUGGCUAGCUAGGGCACAGAGAGAAAUAUAAUGCCUUUACAACACAGAUGAACAGGUUGUGAAAUUCAAUUAUUGAGGAGAUAUGAAAUGACCGAUGGGGGUAAUGAUUUGUACCAUAUUUUAUUUAAAGAUAUAUAUUCUUGUAUGAUACGAUGUAAAUUAUGCAUGGUCUUCCGAUAUGCUCAUUGUUUGAACACUUCGAUUGCUGAUGCGUCAAUAUAUUCUUAUAGAUUUGGCUACACAGCUAAAAGCUGAGACUUUUA